AUGACCGAAGUGGCAGGGCCUGACCUAAAAAGACUCGGAAUCUUUAAGGAGCUCAGCUACAUCAAUGUCAACGAACCAUACAUUGGGCGCAUACAGCCCUGUUUUCGUGAGCUUAAGCCACUAAAGGAUGCAAAACCGUUUUAUCUGAGCGGAGGGUACUCGAAAUCGCGCAGUGCCACCCGGGAAGGCUACUUCUCUGAAUUCAAGCGGAUAUUCGAAGGUGAUCCUUACGUGCCCUGGGGUGUUCAGCAAGCUCAGCUAUGGGGUGCGCCAAAGGGCAAGUUCGUUGGCGGUAAAAACUGGAUUCCCAACUCAGCGGGGAAAAAACAAAUUGGGGUUGGCAGUCUUUUUGGAAACUUCACAGAAGUAAUCCCGGCCUUCGCAACGGUGUACCACCAACAGCCCACCAAAGAGACAAAGCGCAACUUCUAUACUAGUCCUAGCAAAAAGGGUGCAGGAUGUGGAUAUCCGGACGUGACGAUUAACAAGUUUCCUGAGUGGCAGGAAGGAAAUACCUUCCAAUCUACUAUAGGAGUGAUGUCCAAAAAAAUAAAAGCGCAUCAUCAGGCCAUGAUGAAGGGCCGGCCUGAGUUCGUUUCAAUGCGGCCUCCAUUGAACUGCUUCGAGGAAAACCCUUGGCUCACUGGUGAUCCCUUGGCACCAGGAGGUCCUCCAAGCUGCAAGUUUCGUAGUGUGUACACACGAAGCAAGCAAGUAGGACCCACUUUCCUGCCAACAAAUCCAGGGAAGAAGGAUGGAGGCAUGAAAUAUGGCACGUUUACCAAGUGGCCUGAGCAUUCAAAUGAUCCAUAUCUGGAUAAGUUUAGGGUAAUGCGCAAGUUAUACCAGCGAGGGGAUGCCCCAAAAGGUCGUGAACUAAAAGCAUGGCUAUAUACUUCAGCAUGCUCUUUGAAGAUGCCUAAUAGUUCAAUACUGAACAAGAACAUAGAGAAGGCAAUUACUCCGGUGAACCGGCGACAGAUGACGCAUGCAUGGUGA